AUGAAAAUGCGUGUCAGGAAGAUGGCCAGACGAGGAAUCUUCUACAAUAUUCACGAAAGCGGUACUGCACGUCUGAUUUUUCGUAAAGAACAAGGAGUCAUGCUGGGAAUGCUCGAAACAGACAAUGGUGGAACGCUUUCGAUCACAGGCAAGCUAAGUGAAGGAAGCCCUGAACCAAGUACUUCGUCAGACCCAAUUGUCAUGGAAGUUUUGAUAGUCGAUGGAGAAGAAGGCUCAUCAUUUAAGUUAAAUGAUGUCAACGUGUUCGUCGACGGUCAUAAGAUCAAGAUCGAGAAUCCAGCCAUCAGUUUUUCAUCAGAGCAGAGGCUAAUAGGAGCAAGAGCUGAUGUUGUCAUACAUCAAUACAUGCAACCGAGUAUGGCUACCGAGCAGAAUGAGGUGUUUGUCGGAACAAUGAAGCUUCACCUCCUGACUAGAGAACGCCCAAAGGAAUCGAUAAGAUGUGAGUCUGUCUGUGAACAGGACGUAAUCCUAGAACAGUCGGACGACUUCCUUGCCUAG